AAGUAAAAUAUAUACAUGGAUAGAUAGAUAGCUCGAGUCUCUUAAGCUGCAUAAGCCACUUUCUCAUUCUUAGAACAAAAUGUACUCUGAAACAGUUGAGCUCGUAUCAGAAUGUUUGAUCAGACCAUCUGAUUUGCCCGAAAAGGCAAAACACCCAUUUCAUUUAGGGCCCUUUGAUCUUGCCAUGCUCUCAGUUUACUACAUCCAAAAGGGUCUUUUGUUUAAGAAACCCACGGUAACAAAUGAUCGAGAAAAUUCAGUCGAGGUCCUUGUGCAGAAGCUCAAAAAAUCUCUCUCUGUUACUCUUGCGCAUUUUUAUCCACUUGCAGGUCGCCUUGUGACAAAAAAGGAAGAAUCACCGCAGUCUUAUGUGGUGUUUAUAGAUUGUGUUAAUAGCCCUGGUGCUAGAUUUGUCCAUGCGAAAGUGAAUUUGACGAUUUCUGAUAUUCUGUCACCAACUUAUGUGCCUUCAGUCGUUGAAUCUUUUUUUGAUCAUAACAGGGCAAUUAAUCAUGAUGGUCAAAAGGUGUCGUUGUUAACUGUUCAAGUCACCGAGCUAAAAGAUGGUGUUUUCAUUGGAUGCUCGCUUAACCACUCUGUUGUUGAUGGCACCUCUUACUGGCAUUUUUUCAACACUUUAUCAGAAGUUUUUAUGAAAGAUAUUGGUGACGACGGUUCAGAAAUCAAGCGGCCACCUAUUCAUGAACGCUGGUUUCCUGACGGAUAUGGUCCUGUUUUUAGCCUCCCUUUCACUCAUACCGAUCAAUUCAUCAUAAGCAGGCACGAUGCUCCGGAGCUUAAACAAAGGAUUUUUCAAUUUCAAGCCGCAGCCUUGGCAAGGCUCAAAGCAAAGGCAAACGCUAAAUGCAUAAACAAAAGCACUACAAUAUCAAGUUUACAGGCCUUGGCUGCCUUAAUGUGGAGAUGUAUGACUCGUGUUCGUGGCUUACCACAAGAUCAGAUCACAGGUUGCAAACUGGCUAUGAAUAACAGAGCAAGAUUACAUCCUCCAUUGUCACAGAAUUACUUUGGAAACUGUAUUCAGGUGGUGAGAGCUACGACUACAGCAGGAAACCUGCUGAUAAAUGAUUUCGAGUGGGCUGCUUUGCUAGUGCACAAAACUGUGGCUGAACAAGAUGAUAAGGCAUUAAAAAAGUUCAUAGCUGAUUGGAUGCAGAGUCCUUCAGUAUACCAACCCGGGCAAUUUUUUGAUCCGUGUAGCAUUAUGAUUGGAGGCUCACCGCGGUUUGACAUGUUUGGAAAUGAAUUCGGACUUGGAAAAGCUGUGGCAAUUCGGAGCGGAUGUGCUGAUAAGUUUGAUGGAAAAGUUUCAUUGUAUCCAGGGCCUGAAGGAGGAGGAAGCAUGGAUCUUGAUAUUUGCUUGCCUCCGCAUUUCAUGACGGCUUUGGAAUGUGAUGAAGAGUUCUUGGAAGGUCUUAAUCUUUAUGGCUAAUUAUACUGGUUUCAAUUUGUACUUUUUCUAAUAAUAGUUCUCGGUUGAGCCAGGAUCGAACCUAUAUCUUGGUAGGAGAACCUGUAGCGUAUUUCUUUACGGUAUUGUGUCAGUUUUUUUACUGAAUUUUAUUAUUACUGCCUUGAUAAAGUAGACAACUCAGAGUCUCAUCUUGUAAUUUGAUUUUCUCAAUUUAUUCCUUCAUUUAUAUUCC